AUUUCCUUUAUCAAUUCUCGUUUUGCCUACGACUUCUUUCGGUAGGUUGAGUUCCGGUUCGGUUCGGUCGGUCGGUGUCGGGGUCAUGGUCCCAACAACCUCCCAGCAGGUCGUGGUGGUUUUCACGGUCCUGCUCUUCACCUUCGUUGUUCUGCCCAGAAUGUUCGGUGUCGGUACCGGGACCGGCCCGAAAGAGACCCGGGGGUUUGAUCCGCGGUACAACAGGAAAGUUGGUCCGGGCCCCGGUGCAGUGCGGGGUCAGCCGGUCAGCAUGAAUGCCCCCGGCUCGCCACAGACCGUGGAGAACAUGCAGCAGAUGAAGAUGAUGAUGGAACAGGAGAUGAAGAGCGAGAAGUACAAAUCCAACAGUAACAAGGGUUACGUCUUCACACUGAUGCCUCUCUACGCCGUCGGUGUGGGCGUCUUCGCCGCAUACAAGUUUAUGAAGAUUAAAUCUGCGGAUGAGAGCCAAGGUCAGAAGAACAAGGUCACUACCGGGGCCAGAAAGUCGGCGGAGGCAGAGAACCAGCUGAAUGAGUUGGAACAGCGUCUGGCACAGACUGAACGGAUGCUGAACUCCAUCCUGACUCAGCUGGACCCGCUGACGAACUGCGUGAAGUCUGUGGCUCAGGAGCAGAAGAACGAGAUCAUGUCUCAGCUGCAGACCAUCCGUUAUCUCAUGAAGAAGAGGGGAAUGGACUGGCCACCCAUCAACAUCCCAGAUCCGUCCUGCCAGCGAAACCUUGACAGCCUCAUCGAGUCUCUGGCCGCUCACGACAGUGCGGCGAUGCCGGAUGCCUCCGCGGUUGGACACAACUGUGAAGGAACGGCCAAGGGUUUGGAGCCAGCGCCUGCAGAGCAUCUGGAAGUUGAGGAUGAGGAGGGUAUAGGUGAGGAGACACUGGUGGAGUUUGAUGGGGAGGAGAAAGAAGAUGGGGACAUGGAGGAGGACGAGGAUGAAGGGCUGGAGGAGAGCGAGCUUGUGCCCUCUCUGGAGGAGCACAGCGAGGUCGCUGUGGAAGAGCUCGGCGCUGGCGGACAUGAGGAGGAGCUGCCCAUGUCCGGCCUCAGGCGACGCAACAGACCCGAAUGAACCAAUGGCGAGGCGUCACACCUGUACAGGAACACAGCAGACGAUUCUUAUUUAUUUUCAUCCUCAUGUGAAGAACCGUCUUCCAAAAUACUCUGUUUCCAUUUGGAGGGAAGUCACCUGAAGUUCAUCAACAUUAUCAAACACGUGGAUGAUUCUGCACUUGAAAACGCAACGUUUCAGUUUUCAUGUGAAUGUCACGUUACCCAUCACGCCACGAGGUCAAGACUUUAUGUCAGCAGUCAAUUCAUAACAGGUCAGUGUCAAGUGUAUAGACGAUCAUGUUGUCAUUUUUUCUUCAUAUUUUUAGUUGUUGUCUUUAUUUAUGUUAUUUUCAUGGCACUGGGGGGGCUGUAGUUUUGAAUGUUUUCCAGAUUUAAAGUUGAAGCCAAACAGUCGUGUGAGUCUUCAGACUGAACUGAGAAUGUGACGGACUCGGUGAUGACGCGUCUCCUUUUGCUUUGGUGAAGAUUUUCUUCUCCAGUUGUGACACAACACAACAUGGGAGAUUUUUAUUGUUGUUUUAACUGCGCCUCUAUGUCCUGUGUCUACACGGAGAAAAUGUUUUUGUCUUUCCCAUCAUCCUUUUGCAACAGUCGGCGGCCAUCUUUCACUGUCGGUGAUCAAUUGUCCACUUCACGUGGACGGCGUGGGUUGGUUGCUUUUUUCCAUUUCUUUUUUAUAAUUUGUUUAGUUUGACUUGCAAAUUGAAAUGUGAGUUGUGAGUGAACGACAACUGUAGACACGAAAAUUUUAAAAAUCUUGACUUGGCAAAAAUUUGAGAAGAAACUUUUUUUCAAGUGAUUAAGUAAAAUUCUACUGGUAUCACUGAUCUGUCGCUUCACAAUAUCAACAAAGUUAAAAAGGCGAGGGAACAUUUAACUAUUGGAAGGUUAACUUGGGUAUGUAGUGUGAUUUCACUCACAUCAGAGCAAAGUUCUGCAUGUGUUUGUUUGAU